AUGCCUAGAAUGGGAGAAUAUAAAAGUAAUUCUGAUGGAGCUUCGAAAGGUAAUCCAGGUCCUAGCUCAUGUGCUUUCUGCAUAAGAAAUGACCAGAGGGAUCUUAUUUAUGUUGAAGGAAAGAGGAUUGGCAUAGCUAAUAACUUGGUGGCAGAGGUGGUGGCUUUGAGAAUGGCUGUUAAGAAUAUGGUCGAUGGUUCAUGGGAUAUCCCUUGGGAAGUUUCGUUGGAGAUUAGAAGAAUUCAGGAGCUCAUGAAAGGGAUGGAGGUGGUCAUUGAACACACGUUCAGGGAGGGCAACAAAGUGGCAGAUUUUUUAGCUAAUCUUGUUUUUUCUUUUGAAGGUACCGAGAUAAUCUCAUUUAACACCUUUCAAGAUUUACCCAAAGAGGCGAAAACAUUACUAAACAUGGAUAAGAGUCAGACACCAAACCUCAGAAUCAAACAGUUUCAGAAUGAGAAUUUUAGAAUUGAGGGAGGAUAA